AUGCCUAAGAACAAGCUUGGCGGUAACAAAGCAAAGCGCGCAAAGGCGAGCACCGAGAACAACAAGAAGGAGCUGGAGUUCAAAGAGGACGGGCAGGAAUACGGGCAAAUUACCCGUAUGUUGGGAAAUGGCCGCUGCGAUGUGCAAUGUGUUGACGGCGUGAAGCGGCUGUGCCACAUCCGCGGUAAGAUGAGGAAGAAGGUGUGGUGCAACCAGGGCGAUAUUGUCUUGGUUUCCCUUCGCGACUUCCAGGAUGAGAAGGGCGACAUCAUCACCAAGUAUACAGCCGAGGAAGCUCGAAGCUUGAAGAACUAUGGCGAGCUUCCGGAGAAUGUGAAGAUCAACGAGACAGACCUGGGCGAUGGUGACGACAGCGAGGACGGAGUCGAGUUCGAUGAG